AUACCAGCCACGGACGCUAUGGGAUCUCUCUUCUCUCGCAUCACGAACCCUCGUCGCUACAGAGAGCACUACGAGAACGAGGAGACCUCUACUCCUGCAGGAGGAAGCAACUCUGCUGCCGCUGCGACCUCCCCGGUGGCGGAAACGGUGGAGGAAGCUGCACCAUUCGAUUAUAUGCCUCUCCCUAAAGAGCGUGUGGCGACGAUCAAGGGGAUCUUUGGUUUCGGCCAGUGGCAGGGCGUGUCCAUUAUUGAAUGGUUCUUCGUACUCUUUUACAGUAUGGUUGGAGUGAUAAUGUUCUUGUCGAUUGUGCAGGCAAUGACCAUGGGCUCAGCAGGCCUGGCAAUUCUCUACAUGGUGCUGUCGCCCAUCUUUUUCGUGCUCCUCACGAUGGCCGCGCGGGUCUUCACUGAGCUUGUGAUAUCUGUCCUGAUGGUCCCCCACCUCCUCAUGAAGAACCAGCAGGAGCUCCAGCGGCAGAUAGGCAUCCUCCAACAGCAGCAGCAGUCCUACCUUUCAUCAACCCAGCAGCAACAGCAGCAGCAAGCAGGCUGCCCGGACCUGGAGGCGGGCCAUCAGGACUUCACUACUGUGCACCUGCACUCCGCCACAGGGGAAGGAGGGAGGGAGGGGCCCUCCAGCAGCAACCCCUCGUCAUCGGCCGUCCCGUCGCGUCGUCACGUGGGGGAGAAUCGCGGCGAGGAGAUUGGGAUCGCUAUGGCCUAGAUCGUCAAGGCGUCUCAUUCAUAAAAGAUGUGUAUACUCGAGGGCGGAGGUAGACGCGGGCACGGGGCCAGGCGUGGGUGUGAUACAGAGCGGGGCGGAAGCUUCGCACUUCGGAAAAGACUAAGAUGAACAAAGAUAUGCAACCAAUUAUGACAGAGUUUAAAAGCACACAAC